UGAUCUGGCGCUGUACUUCCGGUGGAGACGUGGCUCUGCACUGCUGCCAUAUUGACGCCAGGCAAGCUAACAACCUCACAUCUUACUCAAGUCAGUUGGACCGCUUUACAUUGCCUAUUCGGAGCGAUCAACAGAACCCAAGCAACGCAGAUAAGAAGCUGAAGGCCGUCCUUCUAUAAAAAGAGAAACAAAAAUGGUGCUGUUGGCAGCGGCGGUGUGCACCAAGGCUGGCAAGGCCAUUGUAUCGCGGCAGUUUGUUGAAAUGACGCGGACACGAAUUGAAGGUCUCCUUGCUGCAUUUCCAAAACUGAUGAACACAGGGAAGCAGCAUACCUUUGUGGAAACGGACAGUGUCCGUUAUGUAUACCAGCCACUGGAGAAGCUGUACAUGGUUCUCAUCACCACCAAGAACAGCAACAUCCUCGAGGACCUUGAAACACUCAGACUCUUCUCUCGUGUGAUCCCGGAAUACUGCCGUGUGCUGGAGGAGAGUGAAAUUUCAGAGCACUGUUUUGACCUGAUCUUUGCUUUUGAUGAGAUCGUGGCGCUAGGCUACAGAGAGAAUGUCAACCUGGCUCAAAUCCGCACUUUCACUGAGAUGGACUCCCAUGAGGAGAAAGUUUUCCGUGCUGUCAGAGAGACCCAGGAAAGAGAAGCCAAGGCUGAGAUGAGGAGAAAGGCCAAGGAGCUGCAGCAGGCUAGAAGGGAUGCAGAGCGUUCCGGCAAGAAGGGGCCAGCUUUUGGGGGCUUUGGCAGUGGAGGCAUGACCAGCAUCUCCUCGGGAUCUAUCAUUACAGAAACCAUCGUAGAGCCUGAAAAGCCCAAGAUCACACCAACUCCAGUCAGACAAAGCGGACCAAGUAAAGCACUCAAGCUGGGGGCAAAAGGGAAAGAGGUGGACAACUUUGUUGACAAAUUGAAGUUGGAGGGAGAAACUAUCAUGCCAUCCUCUGGGAAGAGAGGCUCAGAUGUUUCAAAAGCUCUACCACCACCAGUGAACAUGGAGGGUGUACAUCUUAGAGUUGAGGAGAAAAUCUCUCUCACUUGUGGUCGUGAUGGCGGGCUGCAAAACAUGGAGGUGCUGGGCAUGGUGACGCUCCGGGUCACAGAUGACAAGAACGGACGCAUCCGUCUCGUUCUCAUCAAUAAUGACAGCAAAGGAUUACAGCUUCAAACCCAUCCGAAUGUGGACAAGAAGUUGUUCACAUCAGACUCGGUGAUUGGCUUGAAGAACCCUGAGAAGUCCUUCCCUCUCAACAACGACGUUGGCGUGCUGAAAUGGAGACUACAGACCACAGACGAGUCACUCAUACCAUUAACCAUCAACUGCUGGCCUUCAGAGAGUGGCAACGGCUGUGACGUCAACAUUGAAUACGAGCUGCAGGAAGAGAGCCUGGAACUCAAUGACGUGGUCAUUACCAUACCAGUGCCGUCUGGCAUGGGUGCACCUGUGAUCGGAGAUCUGGAUGGAGAGUACAAACACGACAGCAGGCGAAAUGUUCUGGAGUGGUGCCUACCUGUCAUCGAUGCCAACAACAAGACUGGCAGCCUGGAGUUCAGCAUUAGCGGACAACCCAAUGACUUCUUCCCCGUUAAUGUGUCCUUUGUGUCCAAACGCAACUACUGUGACAUCCAGGUUGCUAAAGUGACUCACGUAGAUGGGGACGCCUCAGUUCGAUUCUCUUUGGAGACCUCCUUUGUCGUCGACAAAUAUGAAAUCCUGUAAGAAUGUUCCAAGCAAAGGGAAAUAAAAGAAUGGCCCACUAAAUAUAGUCCAAAUCUGUGCUCCAGAGAACGAUUGACAAUUUCUAGCCUGCCCACCCUGUAUACUAUUACAGACUGUGUACAUCAACAGGACUCCAUCAUCCCUCCGGCAAAUUGCGCUCCAAGUGCUGGGGCAGACCUGCAGUGAUGAAUUUAUGUUUGUAAGAGCGAGAGGAUCAUCUAUAGCGUUUAAUUGAAAUUGUGGAACUACGGUGAUACUGUUGUUGUCCUGAACGGAGGCCGAGGAAGGUUGCGGGCAGGUCACAUCACGCUCAAUCAGUCAGUACAACUCCGGCACGAACACUUGCGGGAACACGAGGCAGUCAUCACUCGAAUUGCUCAACAUGCAUCCUCCACAACCACGCUUCUUCCCGCUCAAUAUUGCAUUGAAAUAGUUUGAUAUGGGUGAUUGGGGUUCUUGCUUUCUUUUUCUUCUCAUUAACUCCAGAGUUCUAAUUGUAUUUAUCAUAAGCAAUCAAACUACCGACAUUGUUCGCUCCAAUAUCUCAUUUGUUUUCUCGAGAACAUUUAAGUAGGAACUCAUAAAGGUUACAGAUUGGACCUUAGCUCAAAAAGAACAUGUUUGCAAUAUUGUAUGUUCUAUGUGCAGUCAUCUUCAUUUUUGCAAUGUGUCCUUCUUAUUUGUAAUGUUGAUAUUUUCGUUACUAUUUGCUGUUUAAUGUGUCAUCGCUUUCAACCACCAGUUGAAUAUAUUUGAUUAUUGCAACUUUGAUAUGUUUAUAACAUCUUUUGAGUCCCUCUUAAACUGUUUUAAGUGAUGGCAAUUGAAUAAUAGGGAGAUGUACCUUCAUCGUGGGCCACAAACACCGAAGCUCUAAACCACCACCACCCCUAAAAACUACAAAUAAACUGCAAAGCAUUGUGAAAUUGGGCCCUUCACCUCCUGACAAGAACCACACGUUUGUUCAUUUUGUCUUUUUUUUGGUGAUAAUUCUGACUAAGGAGAAUGUCUGGUGAAUGUUGGUUUAUUUUUCACUUGGACUCCUCAACUUUCAAUUUGGUAACGGUUGCGUGGCUGUGUUAGAGUUGGAAAUUACGGGAUUAAGCAUUUUUAACAAACUUUCUGAAGGGGAAUCGUAACAUUCCAUUGUACAAUUUGGGGCAAAACAAAAUCUUUACUGUAAUAAAAUGUAUUCAUGGAAAUUA